AUGUCUACUAUCCCGACUACUGCUCAGGCGUGGCGCUUCCCUGUUGACCAAAAGAGUUGGAACGGCCACAAGAGCCUCGAGCUCCGCGAAGUUAAAAUCACUCCUCCCAAGCAAGGAGAGGUUCUGGUGAAGCUACGCGCGGCUGCUCUUAACUACAGGGUGUUUGAUGCCAAAGCUCUCCUCCCGAUCCCAGCUCACCUUUCUUACGAAGAGGCUGCCACCAUCCCAUGUGCAGCAUUGACCGCAUGGCACUCGUUAUUUGAAAAGCGACCCGUCACCAAAGAUUCGACCGUGCUGGUACUUGGCAGCGGAGGAGUUUCCGUCUUUGGCGCGCAGCUUGCCAAGGCCGCGGGGGCACGGGUCAUUGCUACUACUUCAAGCAAGGAGAAGGCGGCCAAGUAUAAGGAUUUGGGAGUUGACGAUAUCAUCAACUACCGAGAGGUGCCUGAGUGGUCAAACAAGGUCAGAGAGUUGACUGAAGGUAAAGGUGUCGAGCACGUCCUUGAAGUUGGCGGACAGGGCACCCUCAUGCAAUCCAUCAAGUCUGCCAAACGCGAAGGCUUAGUACAUGUUAUCGGCGCCGUUGCGCAGGGUAACCCAGGUGGCGAAACCAUCCAAGACCUGGCCAUGACGUUGUUAUUCGGACAGGCCUUGAUCGCCGGAAUCGUGGUCGGAAGCAAGGCAAUGUGCGAGAGGUUGGACGCAUUCAUGGCUGAGCACAAGAUUAAGCCAGUUAUUGAUCGUGUAUUUGGUUGGACCGAGGUGGUCAAUGCGUUGGACUACCAGCUCAGUGGUUCCCACUUUGGAAAAAUCGUCGUCAAAAUCGACUGA